AGCAAAUAGUUCCAUACACGACGCGAAUCUAGACGAGUACGAGCACGAACACGUUUUUGUCACCGAUACAAACACGGGACAACAACUCCUCGUGGCUCCGUAAAUACAAAUAGGUGUAACUCUGUACUAUUAUCGCCCAAAAGGAGGGUCCCGCAUUCGCGGUAUAACGGAGCCGUGAAAGUGUCGAGAGUGUUUUGUUACUGUUAUGCGUAUGGGGUAACUUUUCCACGGCUACCCACCGAUGAAAAUACAUGAUACAAUUGCGCGUUGUCACCGAUAGCGUUGAAUCUUGUUUGGGUUUUAAGUCGCUUCGAUUAUCGUGAUCCAGGUAGCCGUGGAUUUUCCCGUUUUCAAGCGAGACAGUCGCGCGAGAGACCUUGCUUCUUUGUUCGGUUGACUCGUCGCGACGCCCGAAUGACUGUAAGUGGUUUCCCGCUCGUGCUAUGAGAUGAUCCUGUGAAUGUAAAUGAUGCGUCGAGAAGACAAGUAAAGGUCGUGUGCACCAAUACUUUUGUUGGACGAAUGUAAAACUGUUCGCAGCGUUCUUCUAUUUGUUAUUAACAUAUCGAUCGGCGGAGGAAUACAUCGCAAGUGUUGUGCUCUGUGUUCGGAGGAGUACAGUGCAGCUUUAACGAGGAGCACGCCGUACGCUCGAAACGAUGCAACGGUUCUUUGCUUGAGUUGGUACGAGCGCCGUGCAGCGAGUCGUCUCGUCCUCGAAAAGCGUUGUCUCGUUCGUCCUCGCUCCUUCAUCCCCCUCCGCCGCGUAAUAUGGCCACAGUCAAGAUUCAGCCAAAGGAGGAGGUCGACGAGGAACACGACCCGUUGCAACAACAAGAAGCUGUGGAACAGCAGCAGCAGCAGCAACAACAACAACAACAACAGCAACAACAACAACAACAACAACAACAACAACAACAGCAGCAGCAGCAGCAGCAGCAGCAGCAGCAGCAGCAGCAGGAGCAGCAGCAGCAGCAAAAUGCACAGCCCCAGAUCCGAUUUCUAAACGCAAAUGUUUUACAGCAGCUCCAACAGCAGCAAGUUGCACAGCAACAACAACAACAGCAGCAGCAUGAUGCGCAACAACAACAACAACAACCACAACCACAAGUCAUUACCUUGCAACAAUUGCAAAACUUUGUGCCUUUGCAACAUGCUCAACAAGACCAAAAUCAACAAAGGGCGCAAACCAUCUCUGUACAAGCUCUGCCGCAGCAGUUCUUACAAAAUACUCAACUCGUCGGUGGCCAGACUCAAGGAACGUUGCAGCAUCAGUCGCAGCCACACCAACAGCAGCAACAGCAACAGCAACAGUUGAGUUACAACAUGAUUCCACAGAUGCAAACGGUGAACAUUGACGGCCAAGAGGCCCUGUUCAUUCCAUCGUCAGCAAUGUCGGCCGCGACUACUCACCACCAGUCUCAGCCGACAAUGCAAUUUGCGACGACAGGUGGGCAGCAGGUGCAGCUAGCCGGCGGGCAGACUCUGAUAACUCCGCAUCCCGUCAGCCUGAUCAGAACACCCAAUGUUUUCCCCACUUCCAUCCUACAAAACAUCGGUGGACAAACUGUCCAGUUGCCAACAGAUUCCAAGGCUAGCCUGGAUGUUUCAGGGCAGAGUGUGCAGGUCCGACCUCUACAGUUUCCAAUGCAACAAGUCCAGCAAACCGUACCUGUUCAGGUUCCAGUCACCGUUAGCAAUGGACAAACUGUCUAUCAGACUGUACAUUUUCCGGUACAAGCUCUGUCCAAUGUAUUCAACAUGCCCACUACUCAAAUGAUACCGCAAAUUACUCAGCAAAUCCCACAAAUGGCCCAAAUUAUUACUCCCAAUGGACAAAUACAACAAGUACAAAUUGCAAAUUUGUCACAGCUGCAAGGUUUACAGGGUCAGCAAGUUGCUCAACAAGUAGCUCAGCAGGUGGCGCAGCAGCAAGUUGUGCAGCAAGUUGCUCAGCAGCAAACGCAGCAGCAGGUUGUCCAGACGGUUCAGCAACAACAAGUCGCACAAGCUCAGCAUGUGCAGCAGCAACAAGUACAGCAGGUUGUACAGCAAGUUAUUCAGCAGCAGCAGCAACACCAACAACAGCAGCAGCAGCAACAACAACAACAACAACAACAACAACAGCAGCAGCAACAGCAACAGCAACAGCAACCACAGCAACAUCAAGUGCAACGUGUGCAACAAGUUUCAACACCAGCCCCAACUGUUUCUACAUGGAGCACUUCAGUCAGCACACCAAGCAAUGUUCAGGUGGUUGGAAUAGGAUCUCUUGGGAGAACCAUGAACGGCAACAUGUUGACAACGAAGGAUGGGCAGAAGAUUGACGUUCAGACAUUGUCAACACUGACUAGGCAACCAGAAAGUGUCGAAGGAGACCUCAAAGUAUCGAGUAUCGAUCCGAGCCAUUUAGCCAACAGUCAAGUCAUUCAUAUUCAAGCACCGCAAACUACUCAGUCUGCAAUGCAACCUAUCACCCUCACAGGCGCCCAAGGACAACAAUUAACACUGAUACCAGCCUCUGCCUUGACAAACCUUACUUCGCAAGGUGGAAUGAUGAGGGGUGUCGGUAGUAACAUAAUGCAGCUCCAGCCAGCAGCUGGGAUGAAUGCAUCAAAUGGAUUUCUGCAGUCAUUUCCCGUACAAAAUAUUCCUGGAUUGGGAAAUGUCCAGGUCAUCCCAGCCAGUGCCCUGCAACAGGCCUCCAUGCAAUCGUUACCUUCAAAUCCAACCGGAACGCAAAUUGUUACCGCUGCACCAACUGUUCAUAUUGAGGGAAACGAACCAUCCAAGUGGCAGAUCGUGCAAACGAUUCAGUCCGCGCCUACACCCAGCACUCCUGCCCCACCAGUGCAGCAAUAUCAGGCAAGCACCACUGCGUCGGCACCUGAGACUGAUCCAAACAAACAGCAUCGUCGCCGAGUUGCCUGUACCUGUCCAAAUUGUGGCGAUGGCGACAGAAACAGGGAUAUGACACGGAAGAGGCAGCAUGUAUGCCAUAUUCCAGGCUGCAACAAGGUUUACGGAAAAACAAGUCAUCUUCGAGCGCACCUGAGGUGGCACACUGGAGAACGGCCGUUUGUCUGUAGUUGGGUAUUUUGCGGUAAAAAGUUCACAAGAUCGGACGAACUGCAACGACAUCGGAGGACACACACGGGAGAGAAGCGGUUUCAAUGCCCAGAGUGUACAAAGAAAUUCAUGCGCUCCGAUCAUCUCACUAAACACAUUAAGACUCACACGAAACUUCGCAGUGGGGAUGCUGACGUCGAUGAUCCUGAGAGAGAUCUAGAAGCGGAGGCACCCCAGGAAAAAUCUUGGCCUGUUAGUAUAAUAGCAAUUCACAGUGAUCUUCCAGCUUCUCAGGAGGCAGCAACAUCGACACAGGAAGGAUCAUCUGACAGUCAAUCGUCGAGUGAGGAGAAGAUGAUAAUCACCAUACACAAAGAAUCUGAACCGUCGGAUAUGAAGAUGAACUGAUCAUUGUUUGUAUCGUUAUUUUUUAACGAAGUUGUACACAACACAGUAGCGUUCAGAUGCCGCGGCGCAAGAUAGUUCUGUGCUAUUAUCUUUUCUUUUCUCUUGUCGUUUCGAGACACUCUGAAUCUUGUUCUAGGAUUCUUUUAUUUCUUAAUUAGCGUCUUGACAAAAUCGAAUUGAAUUACGCCUGCGGCAGAACCAAAAUACCGGGGCGUUUAUUGACCGAAAUACUCGACGAUCAGAAGGUGCAAAAUCAUUGAUAUACCAUUUUUUUAGAUGAAUUUAAAGAAAAAAAAGAACUGGUCGAACUUAGCGUAUGAAAAUCAUGGUAGUUAUUAUAUGGCUAUGUACGAUAAAUACUGUACAUAAGAGCGUUAUACAUAACAUACACAUUACACGUAAUAGUAUAUAUAUAUAUACACACACAUAUAUUAUAUAUUUUUGUAUGAUAAUACUGUAAAUAGUGUACAUAUAAACGAUUUUACACGGGUUUAGAGAGCUUCUAAUAUUUCAGUUCCUGUGCUGCGAUUUAGUUUUCUAAUGAAAAAGAAUGAAAGUAAUGAAUACAUGAGCAUUGAUUUGGGAUAAAAGUAGUGACUGAAGUUCGGAAUGUGAAUUAAGAAUAUUCCGAGUCUGCAACAAUAUAUUUGAUAUUUAUUACCACCGUUUUCAUUUUACGUAUAAAAUAAAUUAAUCAUCAUUAUCAAUCGGUACAAGUGAAACGAGAAAUUCUCGCCAGUUACGAACGAUUAGUUUGUUGAAUUAUUCUUAAGUUUCCAUACAUGAGGCGAUCUUCAUACUCAUAAUUUAGACGCAUAUUUCAUUAUUUGCAUAAUAUUUUACAUGGUAUGUUGAAUUGGGAAGCUGAAAUUUUCGUGUAAAAUCAUUGGAAUGACAUUUGAGACAGUAUAUAACUUCUCUCUCUAUAAUAUCGUAAAUGUGUUUGAGAGCCUAAUACAAUAAUUUUUUUUAAUUUUCAUUUCACACAGCAAGCCAAUGACAAGGGAUCGCCGUUGUGCGCUACUUGUGUAAUAAAUAUAUCGCUUUAGUGACGUUUGAUAAUGGAAGUUUAUAAUGCAUUCGUACAUUUGACGUUGUCCAUUGGACGGCACAGUUCUUUUUGUUUAGAUUCUGUACGUGUGUGAUUGAAUUUGAA